AUGUAUGCAAAAGCAAGUAAAACGAAUGGAAUUCAGGGCCAAAACUCUGUACCUAACAGUGAAGGUUAUUUUGCAGAGGCUGAGUCACUUGAAGAAACUGAAAAUGUCCCAUCUUUACAGAUUUUGGACAGUAGAACAGAAGAAAGUACUGAGAAAAGCAGACAGUUUGAGUAUGAUGGGUUAAACUUCCAAAAUAUGAGCAUUGCUGAUUUAGUGGAGAGAGAGUUUGCAAAAUUUGAGGAAGCAGAAAGAUUUUACUGCAACUAUGCUCUUGCAAUUGGUUUUAGCAUAAGAAGAAGUCGUUUGAGACGUAGCGAGGGUGGGGUUGUGAUGGGAAGACAAUGGGUGUGCUCAAAAGAAGGGAGUAGAUCAAAGAAAUGGAUGAAUAGAUAUGAUAUGGUUCGUACACCAAGGAAAGAGACUAGAGAGAAUUGUCACGCUACAUUUGCUGUGAAGUAUUGUCCUAAACGGGAUGCUUAUAUUGUGACUAAAUUUGUAAAGGAGCACAGCCACCGACUUACUAACUCACGUGAGGUGCCUUUUCUUCGUUCACACCGAUAUGUUACGGAAUCUAACAUAGCACAAUCUAUGUCUAUGAGAAAAGCCUCUAUUAAAACCAAUCGGACAUACGACUAUAUGGUUGACCAAGCAAGUGGAUACAUGAAAGUGGGGUUCACUAGUAAGGAUCUAUAUAACAUGAUAGAUUUCGAGCGUCGACAAGUGGUAUUGGAUGGUGAUGCACAAGCAGCAAUAAGCUACAUGAAUGCUAAGGCAAUAGCUGACCUAGAAUGUUUUUGCAUGUUUAGUGUAGAUGAGGAGAAUAGAUUGGCAAAUUUGUUUUGGAGAGACUCUCAAUCUCUACACGAUUAUUAUUGCUUUGGGGAUGUGGUGAUAUUUGAUAGCACGUACAAAACCAACGUACUCAAAACUUUUUUGACUUCUAUAAAGGACAAGAAGCCUGUAUCUAUUGUCAUGGACAGGGAUGAGGCAAUGCGCGUAGCGAUUGAUGAAGUUUUUCCUGAUGCACAUCAUCGUUUAUGUACAUGGCACAUCAUGAGGAAUGUGAACACCAAUGUGAAUAACCCAGAAAUUGUAAGGGAGUUUAGCUAUUGUGUGCAUGGUGGUUUGACACCAGUGGCGUUCGAACAAUAUUGGCAGCAAAUGAUAGAUACAUAUGAUCUAAAAGGCGAUUGGAUCGAGAUGAUGUACCGGAAACGAAAACGAUGGGCUGAAGCGUACUGCUCGGGGUAA